AUGUCGUCCCGAGAGCACACUACGUUCACCAAUAAAACUCUAAAUCCUCAAGUAUCAUCGUCUUCCACCGGGAGGCCAUCGCACAAGAGGACUCAAGCGUACAACGUGGCAAGCCUUGGUCUGGACCUGGUGGCAAAUGUAGCAGAGGCGUCAGAUAUACUCGCCCCUCUUAAAGCAGCCUGUAGAGCGACGAAGACAAUCCUCGAUGUCAUGCUGUCUAUCAAUGACAAUCACGAGGAUUGGAUCAACCUAGCGCAACGUCUGAAGGAAUAUACGUCUUCACUCGAAGAACAGGUUGCGUUAUUUGAGGCAGAUCCUCUCAAGGACACGGUCGUCAACAACCCGGUCAGGCGGCCGCUCAUACUCUACGCCGAAACCCUCGACAAACUGUAUAUUUUGGUUGCCAAUCUAAAGGAGAAACCCAGCCGUAGCAAAUUCGGCUUCCUCAGAGCGAUCAGUAAAGUGAAAAUUGAUGCAGGGGAGAUUCGUAGACUCAAUCAAGAGAUUGAAGAUCGACAUAGGCAGUUCAUGAACGCGUUGGGUCUUUUCACCGCGUUACAUGUUCAAACCAUCGAACAAAAUACUAAGACUACCAAAGCCAAUGUGGAGACACUCCUCACAGAUGUCGAUGCAAAUGCCAUACUCCAGCUACCUAUGGUGGCAUUUGCCGCGUCUUCGGUUCAUACACCCUGUCUGCAAGGAACGCGCCAGGCUGUUCUGGAAGCGAUUUGGCGUUGGGCCGCAGACGAUAUGUCGGAUAAACCAAUAUUUUGGCUAUGCGACAUAGCUGGCUCCGGCAAAUCCUCGGUUGCAAUGUCUACCGUAGCUUCGUGGCGAGCGGAGGGAUUGCUAGGAGGGCAAUUCUUCUUCUCUAUGGCCAGCGCCGAUGCAUCAACCACUGAAAAGUUCUGCUCGACCAUGGCCAAGGAAAUCGCACAUCAUAUACCUGAACUCGCGCCGCAAGUCGCCAAGGCGGUGAAGCGACAUCCGGCUAUCAUGCGAAGUCCCUUUGGUGAACAGUUUCGUACGCUCGUCACUGGUCCGCUCCAUCAUCGACAACAGCGCGUGAUUUUCGUGCUCGACGCCAUAGACGAAUGCAAGUCCGGAUCACAGCGAAAGGAGCUUAUCGACACACUUGCCGCGGCUACACGAGAAACCCCCAACCUAAAAACGGUUUUGCAGCAACUCUCUAUCAAAUACAAGUUGGAAGACCGCCUUCACGAUGUCAAACAUCCCGAUAACAUCAGCGACAUAGCGAUUUAUAUACACCACUCCCUUUAUGGGAUUCUACCGCAGGAUAAGAGGCAACGUCUGGUUGAGAAGGCCAACGGCCUGUUCAUCUGGGCGAGUACGGCGUGUCGGAUGCUCACUAGCAAAUUCAACUUGAGUUCGCCCGAAGACACAUAUGAUCGCCUAAUCUCCAUGAAUCAGACUGGAGUCAUAGAUGACGUAUACGAUCUCGUCUUCGAGCGCACAAACUCAGAACAGGGCUCAAUCUUGUGCGCGAUGCUCGCACUGCUGGUUGCUGCAUUUGAACCGCUCGACAUAGGCGAUCUGGAGGAUCUUCUGAAACACGCUAGAGUACGUGGAAGCGCCAAAGCGUUGGUACAAACCUUGGGAAGCGUACUCGUUGAAGAUCAGAAGACAGGCUUAAUUCACUUUCGCCAUCCCACCCUCGUCGAGUACCUUCGACGGCGCUGCGUCCGCGAAACUGUCGAUACAACCAAGAAAGUGUUCAUCGAUAUCGCCAAUGCGCAUGGCCAAGCCGCGUCAUGGUGCCUAAAAUGUCUGCAGUCGCCCACUGAUGGUCUCAAGUUCAAUAUAUGUCAACUCGAAUCAUCUUUCUACCUAAAUCGGGAUAUAACCGACCUUGGUGCCAGAGUAUCCAAGUUUAUCUCACGAAGACUUCGAUACGCCAGUUCCCAUUGGUUGUUCCACAUGGCAAGAACAAACGACGACUGGCAGCACACGCUCAACAAUGGAGUUAUAUAUGUUAUUCAAAGUCCACACGUUCUUUACUGGAUAGAGAUUCUGAGCGUUACCGGAGGCGUCACGCGAGCGAUAGCCGGUCUUCGAGGUGUCACAGGCCACAGAGGGCUUGCCGAGGAGACUAGAAGGAGCAUGACCGAAAUCCGACGCUUCAUAAUGGCCUUUUUGGUGCCAAUCCGGGACAGUGCUCCCCAUAUCUAUAUUUCGGCGCUUCCUUUUACUCCUAAACAGUCCAAGCUACACAUCGAGGGUCUAAAGGUGCAUUCAAACACCCUCGUUGUUACUCAAGGGCUUGAGGAGGCGUAUCCUGGGCUCCCUAGAGCCUUAGAAAGCCACAUAGCUUCUAUCUACACUGUAGCGUUCUCACCAGAUGGCUCUCGUAUCGUCUCUGGCUCAAAAGACUCAGGCAUUCAACUGUGGGACGCAGAUACUGGUCAGCCAUUAGGGAGGCCCUUCAAAGCUAACAAUGGAUUCAUCCAUAGUGUUGCAUUCUCGCCAGAUGGCUCACGAAUUGUAUCCGGCUCGGACAAUACGUUAAUUCGACUGUGGGAUGCGGACACUGGUCAGCCUUGGGGAGAGCCACUCCGGGGUCAUACAUCUACAGUCUACGCCGUUGAAUUCUCUCCGGAUGGCUUACGAAUCGUCUCUUGCUCGGCCGACGCUACGAUUCGAAUCUGGGAUGCAGAUACUGGCCAGCCGCUGGGAGACCCACUCCGAGGGCACGCAUCUGCAGUAAACGAUGUCACGUUCUCGCCAGACGGUAGGAGAAUUGUCUCUUGCUCAGAGGACAAGACAAUUCGACUCUGGGACGCACAUACUGGUCAGCCGCUCGGAGAACCGCUUUAUGGCCACGAAUCUGUGGUCUAUACCGUCGCAUUCUCGCCAGAUGGUUCACAAAUUGUCUCGGGCUCGGGACCGCCACUACUCUCCCGCUCGGGUGAUUGCACGAUUCGAGUAUGGGACUCGCUUACUGGUCGCCCGUUGGGGGACCCACUUCGAGGACACUCGUGUGCGGUCAGAGCCGUCGUAUUCUCGCCAGAUGGAUCAAAAAUUGUCUCUGCGUCGGGACAAUUAUGGGGGUGGGAUAAUACGAUUCGACUUUGGGAUGUAGCCACUGGACGACCGCUGAGAGAGCCACUCCGAGGUCAUAAAAGCUGUGUAUCUUCUGUUGCGUUUUCCCCAGACGGCUCCCAAAUCGUCUCUGGAUCUUGGGAUGCUACAAUUCGACUAUGGGAUGCAUGUUCUGGUCAGCCAUUGGGGGAGCCCUCUCAAGGUCACGAAUCCAAUGUUAACGCCAUUGCAUUCUCGCCAGAUGGUUCACAAAUCGUCUCUGGUUCUGGAACAAUCUUUGGCUCAAGCGAGAACACGAUCCGACUGUGGAACGCAGCCACUGGUCAGCCAUUGGGAGAGCCAUUCCGACAUCAUCAACGUUCGGUUAACGCCGUCGCAUUCUCUCCCGACGGAACGCGAGUUGCCUCUGGCUCAGAGGACAAGACGAUUCGAGUGUGGGAUGCAGUCACUGGUCAGUCGUUGGGGGAACCACUCCAAGGUCAUGAAGAAUCAGUCAAGUCCGUCGUUUUCUCCCCAGAUGGCUUACGAAUUGUCUCUGGAUCGCUCGACCAGACGGGGCAUGAAGGAUCAGUGAAUGCCGUUGGAUUCUCCCCAGAUGGUUUACGAAUCGUCUCUGGGUCGCACGACAAGACGGUUCGCUUAUGGGACGCAGUCGCUGGUCGACCCCUCGGAGAGCCGCUUCGAGGCCAUGAACGCGAUGUCUACUCUGUUUCAUUUUCUCCAGAUGGCUCGCAAAUUGUUUCUGGCUCGGAGGACCACACAAUUCGACUAUGGAACGCGCACACUGGUCAGCCAUUGGGAGAACCACUCCAUGGUCAUACAUCCGGCGUUCUGACUGUGGCAUUCGCGCCAGAUACCUUGCGACUUGUAUCUGGCUCGCGCGACCACAGUAUUCGGCUAUGGGAUGUAGUCACUCGCCAGCCGUUUGGAAAGCCACUUCAAGGUCAUGAAGGAUCAGUCAACGCCGUUGCGUUCUCGCCAGAUGGCUCACAAAUUGUCUCUGGCUCGAAUGACAAGACUAUCCGACUAUGGAACUCCAACACUGGUGCAAAUGUGAAUAACUCCACCAAGGAUGGCCAAGAGCCCUUGUAUCCAGGGCUUAGCGAUGAAUUACCGGGUAUCCCCCUGGAGAUUCAUAUACCUGGUUUUAAACAAUGUUCGCUUUUGCAUGAUGGCUGGGUGCAAUCUUCCGGCAAGCUUCUUUUCUGGGCUUGA